UAUCUGACCCACCGCUGCACUGGGAAGCUCAUCCUCACCUUUAAACUCCCCUUUAAACCUCAGGUUACAGUGUGGGACGUCAUGCAGAAUGAUGGAUAAACUCUGGAGAACUUCUCCCAGUGGAGGUGCACUCCUUCACCUCCUCAGCCUGUGACUGGUUAAACCUCCUGAAAGCUACUGGACUCACUGGUGUCCGUGAGGCGAGGCUGCAGCGGCAGGUGACAGAAGUUUGGAGCCGGUUCCUGAGUUGGUGAAGCCGCUGAGAGGAAGUGGUUUACCGGGUGUCUCCUGCUCCUCCUCCUCCUGCUUGGUUCUUCUCCUCACCUGAGGCAGCCAGGCCCCGGCGCACAGCUCUUCUCUCCGCGGGCCUCCCCUCCCUCCUCCUCCCCGGUCAGGAUGGCCUCCGUGACCCCGGGAGCUCUGGCCACUUGGAGAGCCACAAUCCUACUCCUCCACCUCAUCUCAGCCGCGGUGGCAAAACGACACGUCGUGUUCUGGAACUCCACCAACACCAGGUUAACGACAGGAGAUCUGUCCAUCCAGGUGAAUCUGAACGACUACCUGGACAUCAUCUGCCCCCACUUCCCCAACAAGGAGACGCUGGGCCCCCGGCAGCCGGAGACGCUGGCCCUCUACCUGCUGGGAGAGGCAACGUUCCAGGGCUGCGUGGAGACCAAAGGGGCGAUCAAGAGAUGGGAGUGCAACACCCCCUUUGCUCCAUUUGGACCCGUGCGCUUCUCUGAGAAGAUCCAAAGGUUCACACCCUUCUCUCUGGGGUUUGAGUUUCUCCCAGGGCACCACUACUACUACAGCUCUCUACCCACAGAUGAAGGCCCUCUUCUGCCAUGUAUGAAGUUGCGUGUCACUGUGUGUUGUGAGCCCACAUUAGAGGGUUCGAGACAAACACAAGUGACCGCACCUCAGAGCAGUGCUUCCUCACUGCGGACAGCUCCACUCCUCCUCCUCAUCCUCAGCCUUCACCUGCUGACUACCUGACCCCCCCGCCUCAUCCGUCCUCGCCACCGACCUCGGCUCCUGCUCCUCCCGUAAGGAUCAGGAGUCGCUUCUCAGACGAUCAAGUACACAAUGCAAUCUACGCUCAGACAGCGAAAUGACACAAUGCAAUCUACACUAAGCUAUUGCAAAUGACCAACAUUACCUUGUGAGUGUUUGACCUGUGAAAUUCCAGGAAGAAUCAUGUUGGGGAUUCUUCUUCAGGAAACGCGGGCCACAGUGACUCAGGGACUGAUUUACCGAAUCACUGUGAUUCAUUUCUUGUUAUUUCCUUCUGUCACUUGUUGUGUAAGUAGCAGCUCAGAAUAAUACACACAGAGCUUUGGCCUAUUCGUGAGACUCGUAUCCCAGUCUGCCUCUGCCAGAAGAACAAUGAGUCUGUCCGGAUGUGUUCCAACAAAGUUCUUUCACUUUUUCAUUUAUGUUUCUUAUUCUGUUUUUCCUUUUCUACUUAGUUUCUUUUAUUCGUUUUUUUUUUUUUUUUUUUGUUAAAACCUGUCUCCAGUUGAGAAUUGGCCAAAUAAACACAUUCUAUUGCACUGAGUGGCUCAGGGUGGAGGUCGAUCAGUCAGCUGGUGACUUUCUUUUCUUUCCCGUUAUGCUGGAUAUGGGCAGACGCAGAUAAUUAACUUGUUUUAAAACUGCCUAGUUUACAUCUGAGAAUGUUAAAUGUGUUUUAGAUCUUAUUAGAUUUCUUUGAAAAGGCUUUUUAAGAAGAAAUAAGGAAUAUUCUGGAAAAGUCAGGAAAAGCUCCUGCGCCCCCUACUGGGAUCAGACUGGUUUAACUGGAAUUGGACUGGGUUGGCCCUGAACCCAGAACUUGGACACUAGAUCUUGGUGGUAUAUGGUAAUAAUGGCACCUGGGACUAAGAUUGUUCCUCUCUGACUGGACCCCCUGUUGUUCUGCCUCCCCAGCCCUCUGUCUGCUCCAGAACAGAGGGGGUUAUGGGUAAACGGAGAGCGCAUCAGCAUGGUGAUCUUCACUGAACACACUGCAGACCACUGAGGAGGCCGACCAUGUGUGUAGAUGUACACACAAGUAUUUUGUUCCUUUUAUUGUUUUCAUGGGAUUCUUGAUGUUAGCUUUUACUGUAUAGUUAAUAUAUUCUGCACAAUAAGAUGUAUUAACUGUACAAGUCAGUGAUUUAGUAAGAUCUGAUAUUUGAACGCAAACAUCUGGAAAUAAUUGCUUUUUUACCUACACAGACAAUGAUUUAUAUUCUGGGUUAAAUGGAUUUACUGGAUUCUUGUCAUUAUGCUCUGCUACAAUGUAUUUUCCCAAAUGAAAGGAUUUAACGGUGGAAUUUAUUUAAUUUGGACUGCCAUUUAGUUUUUUAUUAAGAAAUGGCUCUAAAUGACUGUCAUUGAUCAAGAAAAUAUUAAAAUUAAUUCAAUAUUAAUUUACUUAAUUUUAAGAUUGUUAUUGAAGAAAAUAAAUCAGUGGAUUUUCUUAAUGAAAUUAAAUGAAGCUUAUAUAUCUAUAUAUACGGUAAAAUAAUUAUUUCCACACAAUAUUUGAGUGAUUUGAGGUCAGAAAAUCUUUAGAUUAAAUAUAUAGUUUAUUAAAAAAAAUACUACAUUGUUAGCACUUAAUAUAUAUUUUUUCCUCGAAUCGCACCAGUCAUGCCGUUGUUUUGUGUUUUUUUCCAAAAUGGGUGAUGAAAACCGAUGUUUGAAAAAUGUUUAAUUUGAACUAUGUAGAAUUUUACAAUCAUGUACUUGUAGGAUUAUGAUGUUGAUUUCUUUGUGUUUGUGUAACGCGUUUCACAUUUUCGUGAAAAAUGUAGCUUCUUCUGUGAAGAGCCAACCGCAAUCUGAGCCUUUUUUUUUUACGUGGCACGUCAAAAUAAAUUCGAUUGCAUUA